CUGCAAUCUGAAUCUCUCGGCAUUACUGUUACUGAGUGACCACUACGCGCUGUCACAGCUUUUCAUUUAUCGUUGUUAGGUCAGGUUGCGCGUGUCCUGUGCUCAUCCUCGUCCACAAGAACCAGGAUCAUAAGAGAUGAACCGGAAAAGACCAGAGCCGAUUGCUGUCCCCGAGGAAAAGAAGACGUCCUAUGUCCUCACGAACAACGGCACGUUUGUGGAGGGCGACCUAACCAUAAGUCGUGAAGGUCUGCAGAUAAAUUCACCAGCAAGCACGCUUGGGGCUGCGCGCCCUGGCUCGGCAAAUUCAUUGCAGCCAAACAAGCGGCCACUACCACAGGAAGAGGACUCGGCGAGCUCGCGGGGGCCUGGCGAGGCAAGUACCAGCGGUAAUGGUGCGGCAUUGACCAGCCCGCACACUCGUUGUGGAGCUUCAGCGUCCUCGGAGCCGCUGACCCUGGAUGACUUUGAGGAGAUUUGCGUUAUCGGGCAAGGAAGCAGCGGUGUGGCGAAGAAGGUCCGAAACAAGCGCGACGGCCGGCUCAUGGUCUUGAAGGUCAUUCAGUUUGAUGUGUCUUCAGACGUCAUUCGUAAGCAGGUCACAACGGAAUUACGCACGCUGUACGGUGCAGCCCACCGCAAUGUGGUAAAGUACAGCGCAGCCUGGUUUGACAAUGGUGCCAUCACCAUUGCCAUGGAGUACUGCGAUGCUGGGAGCCUGGCAGAUCUGCUCAAGCGCCUGGCGGGUCCGGGAUUGCCGGAGCCCGUCAUUGCACACAUUGCUCGGCAGCUUGUGGCGGGGCUUCACUACCUGCAUAAGGAGCUCAAGGUUGUCCACCGGGACAUUAAACCCUCCAACCUUCUGCUCAACGGCAAAGGGGAGGUCAAGAUCAGUGACUUUGGCGUCUCGGGACAGCUGGCUUCCUCCGUAUCCAACUGCCUGUCGUGGGUUGGUACGGUGACGUACAUGAGUCCAGAACGCAUCAAGGGCGACUCGUACAGCUUCGAUAGCGACCUGUGGAGCCUGGGCCUUACAUUACUGGAGUGCGCAUUGGGGCGAUUUCCGUACCCACCGCCUGGUGAGUCGACUGGCGUAAACUUAGGGUUCUGGGAGCUGCUCGAGUACAUUGUCAUCGAGCCCGCGCCCACGCUGCCAGCUGACCAGUUCUCGCCAGAGCUGGUGGAUUUCGUGGCGCAAUGCCUGCAGAAAGAUGCCAAGGCCAGGGCUAGCGUCACGACCCUAGCGCAACACCCCUUCCUCAAGCUCCACCCCGACGCAUCUCUACAGGACGUUCUGGAGCCGGUGAUGGUUGCCGCCGGGACGGUUGCUGCUGCUGCCGCAGUGGCGCCGCUGCCGCCGCCGCCGCCGCCACAGGCGAAAUGAAGGGACAGGAGUUAGAGGAAUGCAGAGCAAGUCCUUCCCCUUUGCUGCCUGAAUCUCGGUGGAGGCGUACGAUGUGUAGGGAGAAGGAAGGGCUCUUGUUUUUGUUUUCCCAUUCUCAGAAGGGAGGAAUGGGGAAACGGAACCCGCACGAGGAGCGCGAGAUGGAGAUGAAGGGCAGGGUUGGCAGUGCAGGCUGGUGCACGCGCGCUUGCGUGUAUGGUCAUGGUUGCAAAGCAAAAGCAAAACUUGGGGCAAAUGUCGGGAACGCACUUCUCCGUCUUCACAUGUUGACAACGGCGUCGGGUAGGAUGGCAGCGGAAUAGCACGUGUCAAUUAAUAACGGCUAUGUUCACUGUCUGUUAGUCUAAUAAUGGCUUUCGAGGAGUGUCCGUUUAGGCACGGAGUAAGAUAGCGUGGUGAGCCACCUGCUGGCUGGCUGGUUGGCUGAAGGGUUCUGUUCCCUGUGAAAGGGGAAUGAUGACGUGCAUGCACGGUAGCGCGAUGACAGGAGCUUGAAUCCCAAGUACUUGACGCAUAGGUCGCUGUGUUGCCAGCAGCCAAUCUUCAAGUGACAAUUUGCUAAACACGUGCGCUAGUAGCCAGACCUCAUUUUUGAGGCCGGACUCGGAUCUUUGUACUAGACUUGGUACGG